AUGAAUUAUAACAUUUACAUAGGACAAUUAUGUGUAAAACCAAAAAUUAUAAAACGAGAAAUAUUGAAAGAUUGGAGAGAUUGCUUAAAUAAUUUAAAUAAUUAUGAAAAUAAUUAUAUUGCAACAUAUGAUACAAAUAAUGUAUGUUCCGUUAUUGAUUCAACAUUUUCUAAUUGGAAUGAAAUUAUAAAUAAUGAAGAUAAAUUUUGUUUAUUUAAAGAUUCUAAUAUGAUAAUACUAUUAAAAAAUGUUUCUAGUAGCAAAUGCACAAGUACUUGCUUACAUGAAAAGAAAUUUAGUAAAUGGAGUAAUUGCAUUGAUUUAGGAAAAGAUAGCUAUCAAAUAAGAGUUAAAGGUAUUUUAUCUAAACCUUAUGGAUUAGAUAAAUGUCUUGGAACAUUAGAAAAGAAAAAUUGCUUCAGCAAAGAAGUAGUAACUGGUGAUUUUUUGAAUGAUACGGCAAGUUGUACUUUUAAUUUUUCUCUGCAUCUUGAUAGAUGUUCGUAUAUAUGUAGCGGUAAUAAUGCUACAAUUCCUCAUGUAUUUAAAAUCUUGCAUAACAAUGUUGAUAAGUAUGGUCUUUCUUGUCCUAUAAAUGAAAAAAUAAUUUUGAUAGAAUUUUGCAAAUACUGUGAAAAAGAAAAAAAAAAGAGGAAUAGUAGUAAUAACAGUAAAGUUAGUUUAGUAGAUCUUAAAAGACAUGAAGAUUUUUCUAUUAACAGUAGUGAAAAAUAUAAAAUACAAAAUAUGCAAAAGCAUUUUCCUCUAUAUAUAUUUAGUUCAGAUUCAAAAUAUGAUUUGAAUUUUAAUAAAAAUAAUUAUAGUUUUGCAUCAUUAGAUUCAAGUACUAAUAAUUCCGAUAUGGUUCCUAUGAAUUUUCUUAUAAGCAAUUCAGUUAUAAAUUUAACAGAUGAUGACUACAAUAAAUUAAUGAAAGAAGGAAGUGUAAAAGUAUAUAAAGAUAAUGAAUUAAUAGAUUAUAAAUAUGAGGAUUUUGAAAUAAAAGAUGAAAAUAAAAUCAAUGAAGAAGAUAAAGUUGAAGACGAGGACAAAGAUGAUUCUUAUGAUGACAUAUAUAACAAAGGCACUAUUUCUGAAAGACUACCAGCAGAUGACUAUAAAGUCCCUAAAAUAUAUAACAAAGAAGGUGAAAUUAAGAAUUAUGUAAUUAUUAUUUCAGUAUUACUCUCAUUAUUAUUAAUAAUUUUUAUUAUAUAUUACUUUGAUCUCAUACAAAAAUUUAAAAGGAUAUUAAGCAAAAAAAGAAAAUCUAAUAAAUCCAUGACUAUAGCUGCCGAAAAAUCGUCAGGUAUUUAUAUUGAUAAUGCCUUUGCAGAGACUACAAAUGUUUAA